AUGGCGGAUCAUUCCCGUUCCCCGAAGACGGAUUUCUACAGCACCCUCGGCAUAACGGCGACCUCAUCCAUUAAAGAAAUCUGCAAGGCAUACAAAUCCCUUGUCCUGAAAUGGAGUACUCCUGAUAAGAAUCCCUUCAAUCAAAAAGAAGCACAAGAGAAAUUCACUGCCAUCAACGAAGCCUACGACAAGAGCACGACUCCUAUCGUCUUUUCCCAAUCCACGGCGAAGAAGAAACCUGCCCCCGUCGAGAGAAAGCUUGAAUGCGCGCUCGAGGAGUUGCUCGACGGUUGCGUGAAGAAGAUCAAGAUUACUAGAGAUGUCAUCGCAGAAACCGGGGUAAUUGUCCAAGAAGAAGAGGUACUAUGGAUAACUGUGAAGCCUGGAUGGAGAAGAGGAACGAAGAUCAUGUUUGAAGGAAAGGGAGAUGAGAAACCAGGCUAUCUUCCGGCCGAUAUAAUCUUGUUGAUAGACGAAAAACGACACCCUUUGUAUGAAAGGGAAGGUGAUGAUUUGGAAAUAGUUGUUGAGAUUCCUUUAGUGAAAGCUCUCACCGGAUGCUCAAUCCCAAUCCCUCUAUUGGGAGGUGACAACAUGACACUGUCGUUUGAUGAUAUCAUAUACCCGGGCUAUGAAAAGGUUAUAAGAGGACAGGGCAUGCCGAACCCUAAAGAGCAAUCGAGGAGGGGCGACCUCCGGAUCAAGUUUCUUGUCGAGUUUCCAGCGGAACUGAGCGAUGAACAGCGAGCGGAAGCUGUUGAUAUUCUGCAAGAUUGUUCUUGA